AUGGAUAGGUUCCGGAUGCUCUUCCAGCACCUUCAGUCCAGCUCGGAGUCUGUGAUGAAUGGCAUCUGCCUUCUGCUGGCUGCCGUCACAGUCAAGAUGUACUCCUCCUUCGACUUCAACUGCCCCUGCCUAGCACGCUACAACGCCCUCUAUGGCCUGGGCCUGCUGCUCACACCUCCUCUGGCCCUCUUUCUCUGUGGUCUCUUGGUCAACAGACAAUCUGUGGUGAUGAUGGAGGAGUGGCGCCGGCCAGCGGGGCAUCGGAAGAAGGACCUGGGCAUCAUCAGGUACAUGUGUUCCUCCGUGCUGCAGCGAGCUCUAGCAGCUCCUCUGGUCUGGAUCCUGCUGGCCCUCCUUGAUGGGAAGUGUUUCGUGUGUGCCUUCAGCAACUCCGUUGACCCAGAGAAGUUUCUGGAUUUUGCCAACAUGACCCCCAGCCAAGUACAGCUCUUCCUAGCCAAGGUACCCUGUAAGGAGGAUGAGAUGGUUAAAGACAGCCCUGCCCGCAAGGCUGUGUCUCGAUACCUGCGGUGUCUGUCACAGGCCAUCGGCUGGAGCAUUACCUUGCUGUUGAUAGUGGUGGCCUUCCUAGCCCGCUGCCUGAGACCCUGCUUCGACCAGACCGUCUUCCUACAGCGCAGAUACUGGAGCAACUAUGUGGACCUGGAACAGAAGCUUUUCGAUGAGACGUGCUGUGAGCACGCGCGGGACUUCGCGCACCGCUGUGUAUUGCACUUCUUCUCGAGCAUGCAGAGCGAGUUGAGAGCUCUGGGGUUACGUCGGGAGCCAGCAGGUGGAAUUCCAGAGUCACAGGAGCCCCCAGAGCCCGCAGAGGACCUGGAUGGUGGAAGCGGGAAGGCUCACCUGCGUGCCAUCUCCAGCCGGGAGCAGGUGGAUCACCUCCUAAGUACCUGGUACUCCAGCAAGCCGCCACUUGACCUUACAGCAUCCCCCAGGCUCUGGGGGCCUGGCCUCAAUCACCGUGCUCCUGUAGCUGCUCCCGGUACCAAGCUGUGCCACCAGGUCGAUGUGUAG